CACCAUAGAAGAAGAUUCCGGAUAUUACAGAAGCACUGCCUCUUUCUUGACGAAGAUAUAAACAAACCUUGUAAUUUUUGUAUAUUUUGGUUUAUUACAAUCGAGCGUUAGAGCAAUUAUAUUUAUUCAAAUAUACAAAUUCCCCUCUAGGACUUAUUAGUGUUCUUACUAUUCACAUAAUCAGGCAAAGCCUCACUAUUCAUCAUCAACUUGAGUUCUCAAUCAGCCAGCUGCUUUUUUAUAUAGCAAAGCUCGACAUGUUUAUUUUAGUGCUGCUGGAACGAGGAAGCAACUAAGAGUGGACAUGGCAUGAAACGGUUAGCUACAUUGUUAGCUAGCUAACUAACGUCCCCGCUUGUAACGGCCCGUGUUUAAUUCACGUUUGAUUGGAAUUGGACCCACAACGCUCAAAUCGUCGUUGUCGUCAUGGCUUGGGCGCUGAAGUUGCCGCUUACUGAUGAAGUGAUUGAAUCGGGUCUGGUCCAGGAUUUCGAUGCCAGUCUCUCUGGCAUCGGACAAGAGCUUGGAGCAGGGGCAUACAGCAUGAGUGAUGUGCUGGCCCUCCCCAUCUUUAAGCAGGAAGAGUCCAACCUACCCCCUGACAGUGACAACAAGAUACUUCCCUUCCAGUACGUUCUGUGUGCAGCUACCUCGCCUGCCGUCAAACUGCAUGAUGAAACACUCACCUACCUCAACCAAGGGCAGUCCUAUGAAAUUCGAAUGCUUGAUAAUCGAAAAAUGGGAGAACUUCCGGAAAUCACUGGCAAAAUGGUUAAGAGUAUCAUCCGUGUGGUGUUCCAUGACCGACGCCUCCAGUACACAGAGCACCAGCAGCUGGAGGGCUGGCGCUGGAACCGGCCUGGGGACCGCAUCCUUGACCUGGAUAUACCUAUGUCAGUUGGCAUGGUCGACCCCAGGGCUAACCCUACUCAGCUAAACACUGUGGAGUUCCUCUGGGACCCGUCGAAAAGAACCUCAGUUUUUAUCCAGGUCCACUGCAUCAGCACAGAGUUCACCAUGAGAAAGCAUGGGGGGGAAAAGGGCGUGCCUUUCCGCAUUCAGAUUGACACAUUUAAAGAGAACGAAGGUGGAGAAUACACAGAACACCUGCACUCUGCCAGCUGCCAGGUCAAAGUCUUCAAGCCUAAAGGUGCAGACAGGAAGCAGAAGACAGACAGAGAGAAGAUGGAGAAAAGGGCUCCGCAAGAGAAGGAAAAGUACCAGCCCUCCUAUGAAACCACCAUCCUGACAGAGUGCUCUCCAUGGCCUGAAAUCACCUAUGUCAACAACUCUCCAUCGCCUGGCUUUAACAGCACACACAACAGUUUCCCGGUGGCUGAGGGAAAUGGAUCACCCAAUCACCAGCCAGAGCCAGUUGUUCAGGUGGCAGAUAUACUACAGAUUCAAGAUACCACAAUAUAUGAACUUCCAGGACACAGUGAUGGUGGAGAAAAUUUGUCGUCCCAUCUUCUUAGAGGAGAAAGUGAAAGCCAUCAGCAGAAUCUGUUACCCACGGCAACACCCCAGGAAGCACAACAGUGGCUACAUAGAAACCGUUUCUCACCUUUCUGUCGGCUAUUUACCAAUUUCUCAGGGGCGGACCUGUUGAAGCUGACCAGGGAGGACGUCAUUCAGAUCUGCGGGCCAGCAGAUGGCAUUAGGCUCUUCAACGCACUGAAAGGAAGGGUGGUGCGCCCCAGGCUGACUGUCUAUGUGUGCCAGGAAUCUCAGCAAGCAAGGGAACAGCAGCAGAAACAUGAGAAUGGAGAUGCUGCCAGCAACACCUUUUUUGUGUAUCAUGCCAUCUAUUUGGAGGAGCUGACGGCCACAGAGCUGACGGAGAAGAUCGCUCAGCUGUUCAACAUCUCACCCAGACAGAUCAGCCAGAUCUUUAAACAGGGCCCCACAGGCAUCCACGUUCUGGUUAGCGAUGAGAUGAUUCAGAACUUCCAGGAUGAGGUCUGUUUUGUUCUGGAUACCAUGAAAGCUGAGACAAACGAUGGCUACCACAUCAUUUUAAAAUGAAGAAUGACAGGGGGAUGGUGUAGCCCUCUCUCUCUGCUUCUCACCCAGCCCCUCCACAGCCUCAGCCCCCUGACCUGAUGUUCCUGGACUGUGCUGGAGACUUUCCAUGGCUUUUCCUGGAGCACUCUCAACGAGGCAGCUAUGGGAACGUAUGACUGAAGCAUCUGACCCUGCCCAACACCUUAUUGUCUUACUUUGAAAGGAGUGACUGUUUCGUUUGCCAUGUUGAAGAAACACUUUCUUUGCCUCAGCCACUGACGUGACAUGGUGUUGUUGUACUGCCCUGUUCCUUAUCUCGUCAAAAGAAGAGAAUGGAUGGUAUCUGGUGUGCCAAAGCGCCCCUGCUUCCGAAUCAAGAGUUUUUUGUUGUUUAGUACUGUCUGACACCGGACAUUGUAACACCAAGGUACUGGAAGGUUGUCCCUUCUUCUAGGCUACAGCGAGUAGUUAGUCUGAUAAGAGAGUGGCCAUGGUUUGACAUCUGCUAUGACAGCACUUGCACAGGGCGGUAGCUUCAAGAGAUGUCCCUGGUCAGGCAGUGAGCAGACAUUGGCAGCCAUAACAACAGUAAUGUCUUUCCAUGACACUCUUGGGAAAACCAAGAGUCUGUCAAGUUUGUUCCUGUGAGCCUUUUCCUUGUGAGAGAACCUCUGUGAAGCUUUCCAAGACCUCUGAAAACUGCUGAGACCUAGUGUUGUGUACUCAUCAUCCCAAGGACUUGUACUCGCUAAGCUGAGUGAUGAUCAGAUCCUCUCUGUUAGUUAUCAUAGUGGCAACACCAGCAACCAGCCUCCCCCAGCCCUCUCUUCCUACAUGAUAUCACCCAACAGUACCCUUAGAAUGGGGUUUAUGCUCAACAAUUUAUGAAUUAGGGAUUAGAAAUGAAAUCCCUCAAUUUAAUAGAUUGUCUAAAGAAUAUUAAUUGUGAAUCAUGUUUGUAUGUUUUAUAGCCUUUUUUUAUUUUUAUGUUUUCCUGCUUUUUUUAAAGUUAAAUAUGCAUUUUUUUGCAAUAUCAUUUUGGAUAUUACCACUUGGGAAUACUAAUACAUGUAGUGGGUUGUUAUGCCCAAACCGCAUGUUGACAGAUUUAGUUCUGUUGAAUCUAUUUUACUAAAUGCUUACACAGUAUGGAUGGACUGACAUUAGAUGCUACCCAUAUUUGAUCCUUGCCCAUGUUUUAAGAAUAAUUAAACUAAUAAGGCCUACCAA